AUGGUAUUUGUGGAUUUUCAGGUUCAUAAUACUUUCUCAUGAUAUAAUAACUCUGGAAAAAUAUGACCAUGAUGGACGUGAGUUUUGGUUGCCCACGUUAGCUUUGUACUUGAUAGUCGUUGCAAGUUGCAUCCACAGGCGGACGCAUACUAGCCAUAAUUAAAGAAAAUAAUUAUCUCUACAAAAUUUCUAAUUUUCUACUACCUAACAAUGGCAUCUUCAGUGUUCCCACCUGGUACAUUGAUUCAAUCAUCCAAGUUUCAAAGUAAAUCAAUAUUAAAAUUUAAAGAUUCAAACUAUAAACUUGGAAAACUGAAUUUUGCAAUCAAAUGUGAAGCAUCAGCAGAGUCAUCAUCCGGUAAUUCCAAACAACUGCAACAACCCUUAGUAUCCAUAACCACAACAACACCAGAGUUGGUAGUAGAAGAUGAAACCUGGCUCUGGUCUCAAAUCAAAGCAGAAGCGCUUCGUGAUGCAGAAUCGGAACCAGCGUUAGCAUCAUACUUAUACUCCACUAUCCUCUCUCACUCAUCUCUUGAGAGAUCAUUAUCAUUUCAUCUAGGUAACAAACUCUGUUCCUCAACUUUAUUAUCAACACUUCUAUAUGAUUUGUUUCUGAAUUCGUUCGCUACCGAUUCCGAUCUGCUUUCUGCAACUACAGCCGAUUUAAAAGCAGUCCGAGCUCGUGACCCGGCUUGUGUAUCUUACUCACAUUGUUUGUUGAAUUACAAAGGUUUUUUAGCUUGUCAAGCACAUAGAAUUGCACACAAAUUAUGGGUCGACUCUCGUCGUCCGUUAGCCUUGGCAUUACACUCUAGGAUUGCAGAUGUAUUCACGGUGGAUAUACACCCCGCAGCCAAGAUUGGGAAAGGGAUAUUGUUUGAUCAUGCUACUGGGGUUGUGGUAGGGGAAACGGCAGUGAUUGGUAAUAAUGUGUCAAUUUUGCAUCAUGUAACGUUGGGUGGGACGGGGAAUUCGGUUGGUGAUAGGCACCCGAAGAUUGGUGAUGGGGUGUUGAUUGGUGCAGGAGCCACUAUAUUAGGGAAUAUUAAGAUUGGUGAAGGAGCUAAAAUUGGUGCAGGGUCUGUUGUGCUAAUUGAUGUGCCUGCAAGAACGACUGCUGUGGGUAAUCCUGCAAGAUUAGUUGGUGGAAAAGAGAAACCUUCUCGGCAUGAAGAUGUUCCUGGUGAAUCUAUGGACCAUACCUCUUUCAUAUCUGAAUGGUCCGAUUACAUUAUAUGAACGAUGUCUGAAAACAAAUAAAUUUGUUGUCACUCCUUGUAUGCUUCAGUAAGUUUUUAUGCCAGUAUACUACUUGGAGUCUUCGAUAGAGUUUUUUAUGUUGUUAUUAAGAACGAGAACUUUGUCUUUUGCUUUGGAUUUUGUUUUGGAAAUUAGUAUUCUCAUACAGUGGAAAUUGCUUAGAGUAACUUUUCUGUUUGAAGUAUUACUCUUGCGGGUAUUAGUGCUUGUUUGUAUUGGAUGUCUGGAAAAUUAUGGAUUUGGAACUCGAAAUGGGUUGUUGGUAGAGUGGGGUUGUUCAGUUCGUAAUUGGGAUUCAGGGUUUUCGCUGUAGUUGUUGAGAUGAUGAAGAAAAUGACGAUUUCCAUAUUGCAUUAGUGUUCUAUAAAGAUUUAUAGGCGGGGAGCACUUGAUUUGAUUGAGUAAAGAAGUUUUGUUGAAAAGAAAAGAAUCGGCAGUAAGAUAUAGCUUACGUUGAGUUCACACUUUUGAGAAUCAUUUCAGAAUGUAAAUUACACUCAAUUGCGUCAUUAUCUAUUGCCUCCGUAGGGAUCAACGUGGUUGUAGAUUUGUAGUCCUCUACAAACAUGAAAAUACAUGAACUCCCAGCCUUUCAUAUCAAUUAGAACAUGGGACUAAAUGAA